AACUAUGACGUAAGAGCUACAUGUUGUGACCUUAUGACGGCCGGGCGGAAAGUGAGCAAUGCAGAAAAAGCAAUAAGGAAAACCAUUUAUUUGAUUUUUUAUUUAUUUUACUUGCUUCCUCAGCAUUUCGUUUCUUAUUCUUCUUCAGAUUUACUCUUUUUAAUGGCACCCGUAUGACUCCAUACCUAUGACCCCAUAAUGCUCAAUGUCAUCCCACCGAGGAGUAUUGCGCAUGCGCACAUUCCAACUACAACUUGAUUUUCGUGUCUAGCAGCGUUCACUCAUCUCACCUCGCCCUGAAGUACGUAUGGGUUGCAGUCUCCUGGUCGCUGUUACUCCAAACGGACUCCCCUGUGCCUGUCCUUUUGGCCAGAGAUGCCAGGGCGGCGGCUGAGUGCUCAUCUGCAGUUACACGGAGUUUUAAGAGACUCUGAUUUAUACCUGUGUGAGGAAGGGACUGGAUUUCGCUGUAGUCAGCAUAAACGUUGUAUAGAAUUUUGGUUAUAAAAUGCAGUUAAAUUAAUAUCCUCCUGGGUGCUGCAAUGAAUCAUUGAAUUUGUUUUUAAGUUUAUAACUAGUAUGCCAAUUUUGUUUUUAGUUUAAUACUUCUUUCCAUAACUUCAUUCUAGUUUUGCUGAAGACACCCAUGAUAUUGAUAUAGAAACGUGUAUUUUUUUAUUUUUUUUUUAAAGCUGUUUCUUAUGCUGUGAGUGCUGCAGUUGGGCGUGACCCUUCCAGGGGGCGGGGCCAGCAUGGUGGGUUUUCAGGUGCGCAGGUACAGGGCCGGGGAUGCGGAGGCGGUGAAGGAGGUCUUCACCGCGAGCAUGAGCGAGCACGUGCCGUCCGGCUUCCUGCACAUGCUCAGACAGCCCCUGGCCCAGGUGCUCCUCGCUAGUGUCGUCUGUGCCCUGUUGACGGCUUCUAGGUCUCCGGUCCUGCCCGCUCUGGCUCUGGCGCUGCUUCUGGCCGGGGGUCGAUGGCUGGCGGGCUAUAUCUUCAGCCGCUACAUCGAGGUCUGCCUGAAGAAGGACCUCGGCCACAUCCAGGAGGCCUACAUGGAGCGUGAGGACUGCUGCUUCUGGGUGGCGGAGAGUGAGGGCCGCGUGGUGGCCACGGUGGCCUGUCUGCCCGCCAGGACCCAGGCGGGUUGCCUGGAACUGAAGCGUAUGGCCGUGCGGAGGAGCCACCGCGGUCUGGGCAUCGCCAAGGCCCUCUGCCGCACCGUAGCCGAUUUUGCCCGCCAGAAGGGCUACCGAACCGUCCUCCUCUACACCUCGGUGGUCCAGAAGGAGGCCCAGAGUUUGUACGAGAGUUUGGGCUACAGCCGAAUCGGCGAGGUCGUCAUUCCAGAGACUGUGGCCAGACUCUUGAACUUCACUCUUAUAGAGUACAGAUACGAACUUCUGAAUGGGGUCGAUGGAAAAAGAAAAUUUGCUGCUGCUGAAGGUUGAUUUCCCAACCUAUUCCGCUCUCACACCAAACACUGUGGUUCAGUGAAGUGUCUGGUAAAUGCCUCACGUUGGUAACAAUGACAGAUUUUGCUGAGAACAUUGUGAAAUUGAUCUCAUUGAGAUCGUUUGAAUAUAUUUCAUUGUAAGUUGUA